AUGACGAAAACAGUUAUUGAGGGGAAGUUCCAAGAAUUUCAUCCCAUCAGCUCGGAUGGAUCAUCACUCCCAUUAUCAGAGAACAAAUAUAUAGAAGCUCGUUUCGACCAAAAAACACAAGAGUACAUCAUCCUCUGGAGUGACAUUACAUCUGUCUACAAGAAUGCAUGCCAUCUAGAAGUUGGUGGGAAGGUUAUUUCCUUUCUCGCAGACGAGGAUUUUGAAUAUAUCAAGCCAUAUCGGAUCCAUGCGGAGCUAGAUAUCGUACUGGAUGUAGUCAUUUCUUCUCAAGUAGACACUUCAAAUGAACCAGAUACUACAGUAAUGCAAGGAAGUAAGGAAGAAUCGGAUAUAUCGGAGCUGAAUGAAGUUACGCAAAGGAGAAUGGAGGGGUUGGCUGCAUCAGAGUUGAAUGAAGUCAUGUCCCCUGGUUAUGUCAAAAAAUCCGACCACAAUGGUCCGCAAAGCCUCGAGACACAAGCAAGCAGUCUUUCCAUAAGAGAAAAUGAUACAAGAUGUCCGACUAUAACCAUAUCUCAACCAAAAAAUAUCCCAAUGAAUGAAUCAAAGGUCUUAGUGAAGCUAACUGUCCAGGAGAAUGUUGAAAUGGCAGCAGCUCUGCUUGAUGAAGAAAAAGGAGAUGCAGAUAAAGAAGAUGUCGCAACUCAAAACACAUUAGGUAAGGCGUACGUUGGUGGAAAUGGGGCCCCACAAGACUACUUGGAAGGUUUCAAGCGGAAUCUCGAGGCAGCCAACCAAGGAGAAGCUGAUGCUCAGUACAACCUAGGUGACAUGUACUAUUAUGGGAGGGGUGUUCCACAAGACUAUACGAAAGCCUUUGACUGGUAUCUUAAGGCAGCCAACCAAGGAAGUGCUGCUGCUCAGAACAGUCUAGGCCACAUGUAUCAAUAUGGCAAUGGGGUCCCACAAGACUACUCAAAAGCUCUUGACUGGUAUCUCAAGUCUGCCAACCAGGGAAAUGUUGCUCAGAGUAAUCUAAAUCAUAUUCGCCAACUUGGCAAAAACGUCCCACAAGACUACUCAAUAGCCAUGGACUGGGUUCUCAAGGCUGCCAACCAAGGAGAAGCUGAUGCUCAGUACAAACUAGGUGACAUGUACUAUUAUGGGAGAGAUGUUCCACAAGACUAUACGGAAGCACUUGAAUGGUAUCUUAAGGCUGCCAACCAAGGAAGUGCUGCUGCUCAGAACAGUCUAGGCCACAUAUAUCAAUAUGGCGAAGGCGUCCCACAAGACUACUCAAAAGCCUUUGACUGGUUUCUCAAGGCUGCCAACCAGGGAGAAGGUGAUGCUCAGCUCCUUCUAGGCCGCAUGUACCAUCGUGGCGAAGGCGUCCCACAAGACCACUCAAAAGCCAUGGACUGCUAUCUCAAGGCUGCCAAUCAGGGAAAUGCCACUGCUCAGUACGCCGUUACCUCUGCUCAGUACGCCGUUGCCUCAAUGUAUCAAUAUGGAAAAGGAGUCCCUAGGGAUCAUGUUGAAGCGAGACAGUGCAUCUUUCUCUGA